AUGCAGACAUUCGCUACUAUAGGCAAUCGGGUUAUACUCUUGGCAACAGCACAAAUACGCAUCUUAAAUGGCUUUGGCGAUAUCGACUCGUGUCGAGCUAUAUGCGAUCCAGGCUCUCAGCAGCAUUUACGCAAUUUGCCCUUGGCAGACCCGAAAUUUGGCGAAACUGGUGUUAUAGAUGCAUUGCUUGGCUCAGACGUAUGGGGCCAAUUGUUGGCAGAUGGCAUAGUUCGUGGCGAGCUUGAUGAUCCUGUGGCACAAAAUACGCAAUUAGGCUGGGUUGUAUUCGGACCAGCCGAAGCAACCAUGCAUAAUUACAAGGCGGAACAAUCUAUGGCAUUGCGUGUGGAGGCGCCUGAUGAGCGAGUUGAUGACCUUCUACACAGGCUAUUUGAAUCCAAAGAAAUUGGCAUGGCUAAAGGCGAUACACUAGCAGCAGUUGAUCUUUGCGAGUGCAUUUUCAUGAGCACACAUAAGCGUUUUGAUGAUGGCAGUUAUUGUGUACAAAUACCAUUUACACCAGAUGCUCCACCACUUGGCAAUUCACAUCAGAUGGCACUCAGGCAAUUUCACCAGUUGGAACGAAAAUUGGCAUCCAACUCAGAGCUGAGACAAAGAUAUGUGGCUUUUAUGCGCGAAUACGAACAACUUGGUCACAUGCACCCUAUUCAGCAUAAUUCAGGCGACCCAUCUCAGGCAUACUACAUUCCACAUCAUGCAGUCAUGGCAAAAUUCCGAGUCGUAUUCAAUGCUUCCGCAAAAACAUCGAAUGGCAUAUCAUUGAAUGAUACACAACUCGCUGGCCCCCCAAUACAGGAUUUAUUACUUAACCUUUUGCUUCGCUUCAGGCAGCAUCGAAUAGCAUUCACAGCUGAUGUGGAGAAAAUGUUCAGGCAAGUCAAGGUUGACGAGAGGCACAGGCAGUGGCAACAGAUCCUCUGGCGGGAAUCAUCCGCUCAGCCCAUUCGCACAUAUCAAUUGGCUACCGUUACAUAUGGCACAACUAGUGGCACAUAUUUGGCUGUUCGCGCUAUGCAGCAAUGUGGCAGAGACAACUCUUAUAAACUCUCAGAUGAAGUACGAGCUAAAACUGCUUUGCACAGCAUCCUGAAUGAUUUCUACGUAGAUGACUACCUUAAGAGUACACCUUCUAUUGGCAUGGCGAUUCAACUGGCGGCCGAUGUCUCAUCUGUUUUGGCAGACGGUCAAUUCCAUCUCAGGAAAUGGAAAUCGAAUAGCGCUGAAGUCUUGGCACAUCUUCUUGGCGAUGCUGAUCCAUGUCAGCUUAAUCCGCACUUGGCAGAAACUACUGUUCUAGGCUUACACUGGGAUCCACUCACUGAUGAACUUUUCUAUCAGGUUAGCUCUUAUGAUGCACAACAUCUUACGAAAAGGCAAGUGCUUAGCGAUGCCGCAAAAUUAUAUGAUCCAAUUGGCAUGUUGGCACCAGUCAUCAUUACGGCUAAACUUUUCAUACAGAAGCUCUGGCAGGCAAAAUUGGCAUUGGAUGACCCAUUACCACUUGAACUGUUCGGAACUGUCACAUACCGAAGGCAGCUGUCCCAACUGGAGGCAGUGCGAAUACCGCGUUGGAUAGGCAUGCAACCCGGAUAUCAAAUACAACUUCACGGCUUCUGCGAUGCUAGUGUCAAGGCAAUGGCUGCAGCACUCUAUUUGGCAACAAACCACAAUGGCAGUAUCACUAGUCACAUUAUCGCAUCAAAAACUAAAGUGGCACCAUUACAUUCGGUAACAGUACCCCGAUUGGAACUUUGUGCUGCGCAAUUGUUGGCUACUCUUUUACACGAAACAAGGCAGGCUUUGCAUUUGGAGCACGUACCAUACACUCUAUACUCAGACUCAAAUAUUGCUCUAUGUUGGCUACGCAAAAACCCAUCACAAUUAAAGCAGUACGUUGCUAAUCGCGUUGGCUGCAUUCAAUCGAUGACAAAUAUCAGGCAUUGA